UGCCAGGGCCAGUCCCUGGCCACGCCAGCUUUGCUAACGGAGCCCCUGGGGGGUUGUUUCUGGUUUGCAGGACUGCGGGUUUUCAAGCAUUGCACUGCAAAUUCCAGCACGACGUGCGUGCCUUGCGUAGAGGGUACAUAUACAGAUCAUCCCAAUGGUUUAGAACACUGCCGGAAAUGUAAACUCUGUGAUAAAGGAGCCAACCUAGUGCCAGAAGUAGCAUGUACCUAUACGAAGAAUACUGUGUGUGGCUGUCCACCUGAGUAUUUCUGCAGUUAUUUUGGGCCUGAAGACUGUGAACUUUGUCAACCCUACACCAUCUGCUUUCCUGGCACUAUGGUAAAAGAAAGGGGCACAAAGACCACUGACAAUGUGUGUGAAGCCUGUCCUCCCGGAACCUCCUCAACAGCCAACAUGUCUUACAGUUGUACCCCAUGGCCCACAUGUGAGGAGAACUGCUGGGUACAAGGAGAGGACAGGAAUCCGUCCUCACAUUCCUCUGCUGCAGUAGUUGGUUACGUUGGAGGCGUGCUGUUAGUUGUUGCAGCUGGCCUGUGCCUUGCGUUUAUCUGGCGCAGGAGGAAGAGUUACACACCACCGGUGCAGGAGUCUGGGAUUGGACAGCAGGGUCAGGCUUUGAUAUUAACCGUGGAGAGUGGGGACCAAACAACUGUUGCUGUGCAGGAGACCGGUGCCGAUCCUAAACAAACCGUGCGUGAAUAGCCAUUUUGGUUUGAACUGUUGUGGACAGUGGAGAUGGUAAAAUAAACCCAGAAAAACCACCACAGAAAAACCCACAAAACCCAAAACACCCCAACAAAAAAAGCCCAACCUUUUUUUUCCAAAUAUUCCUGGAGAAAAAGACAGCUUGAAAACGAGAAGGAGGAUCUGCAAACGAGGUAAGGAUGCCGAGUGGCAUCUUCUGAAGUGUGGCAGUGAGAAAGAGCUGAGUGAUCAAGGCGUUGCUCAGGGUUGUGAGAGGUUUCAGAGCUCCUUCCUUUUCCCUCCCCACUUUCCGGAGCUGUGGCCUGGGUGUGGUGUGCCUUUCCUUCUUACCAACCUGUACAGUUAUCACUUGGUAUGCAUGGAAUUAUUCCAGGAUAUGUUUGUGGAUAUGAAAAACCAUCACUUUUUUGUUUGAAGGUUUCCACAUAACUAAUACCUAACACAUUUUCCAAAUGUAUUUUGGACAACCUUUUCCUUUUUAGAAGACAAUAUUGAUGGAAAACAGCUUUUAGGAAUCUCAUGAAUGUUGUGUACACAGUUACUGUCUUCUCCGAGUCACGCCUGCUCUCACCUGUGGUUGUGUUCUGACAGCAAAGGAAGUCAAGGCCCUGCGUGAACGUUAUGUCUAGAAGUGAAGUUCUUACUAUUGAAAACAUGUUUUCUCUGUAAAAGAACUUUCCUGUUUCCUGAAGAAGGGAAGACACCGAGUUGCUUGGCUGUUGGCAUUACCUUGAGGAAAAGCAUUAUUCUUAAAGAGCAUUAUGGUGGACGUAGAUUCCCGCGGAAGGAUUUGGUGAGGACAGCAAUGCUUUAUUUCGCAGCUGAGCCUGAGGGGAAGAACUGUCUAUGAAAUGAGAUGUGGGAGAUGGGGAGCGGCGUGGGAAGGCAGCGGGCCGGCGGGAGGAGGUGCUGGGGCUGGAGGAGUGAGCAGGUCCAGGUGGGCUGUGAAAGCGUGAGGAGCUGGUUCUGCACAGGGGAACCAUCGGUGGGAUGAGAGGGGGGGACAUGGGACGUGCCUCUGCGUUUCCAGUUUGAAUGACUAAGGAAGAGCAGAGGGAUGUGGGAGACAGGAGAAGAGCUUGCAGUAACCAGCGCGGGGUUUUGCUGCGUUAAUGCAGCCCCUCAACUCGUGUUCACCCAGGCCA